UAUUUCUGAUUGUGUGGUUCUUUUGUAUGAUAAAUUGUGCAUUUUAAUAUAUAUUUGCUUUGUCCAAAUAACUUUCGUUGUCACAGUCCUGAAUAAAUGUCUUCAAUAUCUUAAACAUUGUUGGAUAUUCUGCAUAUAAUUAGUGUUACAGUGAUAAAUAUUUGGAUUCCACUUUGAUUUAUGUUAGUUUAAUUCAUGAUAUAAAAGAAAGGCUUUUGUGAACAAAAUGCUAUCACGAAGUGCACCAUACAACGAUACGGACAUUAAAGCGCGUCCUUAUUGCCAAUGUUGGGUAAAGAAGGAACCUGUACUGUGGAAGGAGUUAAGCAGAUGUUCAUGUGGCGAGGAAGCUGAUGUGUUUGAAUGGAAAUGGCAUCAGCCAGAUUCCAGAAGCCAAGUUGUGAUGAGUGAUGACAGAAAGCAGGUUACGUUCCACCCUUUCUACAGUUCUGGAACAGCUGCGGUGCGUGGGGAGACUCCGAUGGUGCACAACAAUCACUAUUAUUGGGAGGUUAAAAUGCUGUCGGAACCCUAUGGCACUGAUAUUAUGGUUGGCGUAGGUUCGGGCCAGGUGCCGGAGUCGCAGUUCACAUUCACGUCGUUGCUGGGUCAGGACUCGGAGUCGUACGGGCUGUCGUACCUGGGCCCGGUGCGGCAUGACGCGGCCGAGGUGCGAGGCUCGGUCGGCUUCUGCCGAGGAAGCAUCAUCGGCGUACGCGUCGAUAUGUGGGUCGGCACACUGGAGUUCUUCAUCAAUAGGCAGCCACAAGGCGUGUGUAUCUACAAUCUGCGUCGUCAUGAGGCGCUGUACCCAAUGAUCUGCUCUACGGCGGCGCAGUCCACCAUGCGGCUCAUCUACUCAGCGUCCUGGCGCGCCUCGCUGCUGGUGGACGCCGCCAAGGUGCUGGCGUCCAGCGCUGCCGCGUCACACCUGCGUCUGCCGCCGGGACUCUGGAACACCUUCAAGUCACACUUCUGGCUCACGCUGCCCACUGAAGUGGUUGAAGAUAAAGAAGGCGAGGCGUCUACAUCAAAGGUUGUGCGGAGAACUUCCACUGCGCUGUCGGAAUUCUUCAGCAGCCAGUACAUGAAUGGUUUCUACGUUGACAACGUGGAGAGGGACUUUCGUAUUGUCGUAUGGCAAUAAAAAUAUUAUAUAUAUACAAAUAUAUUUUUGUAGGGAACUUAGUAUAGUAACCAAUUGUGAAGUUUUUAGUUUAGGAUUCCUUAGUGUAGAUUUAUUAUACCAAACUCUUACCUCAUAAAAAUUACGCAAAGGUCUCUAAUAGGGACCAAUAACGACUUUGAGUGCUACCGUAAGCAACUCCGAGGCUACCCGGUUAAAUCGACAAAAUAAUAAACAUUAUUAAAGUUAUUACCCGUGUAAGAUAACAUGAAAUCAUUUUUAUCUUAACCAAUACUCUGUUUUCGUUAUAGUGCAUGUCUAAGCUAUACUGUAUUGAUCUCGUUAAAUAUAUUUCAAGUUAAUUUAUUUAAUUUAACAUAGCCACUGUAACGUCAUUGUACUAAGAUCUCAUGUUCUUGUGCACGAGUAGUACAGCAAAUCUCCAUAGUGCCAAUGUGCAAAUUCUAUUUUCAUAUGGCUCUAGUCAUGGCAAGAUAUCAAUCAACUUUUAUCGGACGAUAGUUCACUAUGAAUUUGCAUUGAUUAUUUUACAAUUACUUUUACACGAAUGUAGAUAAGUUUCAUUCAACAGUUGAAAGAUUUUGAUUUGACAAGUUAGUUAUAUUUUAGUAAAAGACGCAAUUAUUAACAUAAGCAUAGAAAUGAAUAGAAAUAUGAAUAAUUGUACGCUAUUUUCGAUAAAAUGUAAAAACAUUUGUGCUAGAUU